AAAAAAUAUAUCAUUUCACCUUCCCCUAAUCCUUUUUCGAUUCUUCCUUCUAACUCAAACCCUAGACACCCAAGACUUGCAAAAUCAUUACGUCUUUCACGGUACCUUCGGUAUUUUGACGAUAAUUAUUAACGUUGACUUUAUUCUCUGAGGAGUUUUAAGGCUAGGGAGAACUUGAAUAGAAGCUUCUCAGAGCAUGAGCACCCAGGCAGUGAGGGGACCUCCUUUAAGAGGAUAUCGUCGGAGGAAGGGACUACCGGAUCUUAAUGCACCACCUUGUGAAAGCAGAGAUCGAGAGGGGACUUCGAAUGAUAUCAGUUUACAUGAAGUGCUGGCUGGCCAACAAGGACCAUCAAUACCACCUGCUCCAAUUGAUGUUGAGGCUAUUGAUGAUGAUGUUAUUGAGUCGUCUCCCAGGGCUUUUGCCGAAGCUAAAAACAAUUCUAGAAGGAACCAUGGAAGGGAUUUUGUCGUUGAUGUAGAUUCAGGUAACAUUGGAAGAACAACAAGGUUAACAACAAGGUUGACCAAUAAUAACCGUAGCAAGCGCAGACGGGUAUCACCUAACUCAACUAUUAUCAAUUGUGAUUUGUACAUAAAUUUAGAAGGCACUAGCAACUCUAUGAGAGAGAGUGUUAGUGUGCCUCCACCACCUCCACCGCCACCACCAAAGGAGCCUAUAUUCACUUGCCCAAUUUGCAUGGGCCCAUUAGUUGAGGAGAUGUCAACAAAGUGUGGUCACAUAUUCUGUAAGGCAUGCAUUCGGUCUGCGAUAUCAUCACAGGCUAAAUGCCCCACAUGUAGGAAAAAGGUCACAGUGAAAGAACUCAUUAGGGUCUUCCUUCCAGCGACCAGUUAAAUGACAGUUUCAUGCCCAAUAACUAAUCAUUGCAACAGGGUUAAUGCAACAUGUUUUGGACAAGAAGGGUGGCGGUUUUGGCAUGCCACUGGAGGGAUUUCUGUUGAAUUUUGAAAUUUUUAGUCUGACAUGUUGUGCACAGUUCGUCAAACUGUGGGACAUUAUUAUAUAGUUAAUUGAUGGUUAUGCCGACUAGUUUGUCUGUGCUCCUUCAUUUUUGUUCUUUGUUCAGCAUUGAAUGCAUACAAUUUAAUGAUAGAUAAGUUAUUCCUACUUUGUGGUUAAUGGAAUAUAUAGGGACCUUUAAUUUA